AUUACCCCUCCAACUUAGUCCUCCACUGCCUUCUCCUGGACACGGAUCCCCUCCGUGCCCCUUCAGCCUGGCACUGCCCUGUCCCUUGGACACCAGCUCUUCUCUCACACUGGCCCUUCCUCCUGGGUGCUGGCUUCUAUCACAAGGCUCCCCCUUCCCGGGCACUGCCCCCGCCCCCUGAGGCCCUCCUCUGCCUCCCAAAUGCCCCUUCCUCCUGGUGCUGGCUGUCCCGCACACUUGUGCGUUUACUGGCCGCUGCCCUCGCUCCUCUCACACUAUCUCUAUGCUGCCCAUCCACCCUGCGCGCGCUCUGCCAUCUGUUCUAUCCUUCACCAGCCCCUGAUAGAGAACCCAGAGCACCAGCAGGCGGUUCCCCCAAAGCGGAGAGAUGGAAGCAGCGACUCUGGUUCCUCCUUGGGCCCAACCAGGGAGAAGCGACCCACGCCCGCGUCCCAGAACUGGACUUCCCGGCACCUGGAGCUCCCUUCCCUCCGGCCUACCCCUUCCGGUGCCCUCCCCAACCUCCACCCCUGCACACCCCGUAGGCCGGGUUGCUCCAAGUGCACCUCCCCAGGGGAGCCCCGAGAAAAGGAAGGAUGAGGAAGACGGCUCCAAUUCCCUCCGAAUUCUCCCAGCUUUGCUUUUCACCCCUGACGGGGCAGAGGGGCCUUCCUGGGCCUGUCUGGGCCGCUCGUCCCUUCGGAGGGGCAGAGGGGAGGCGGCUCCUAACGGGCUGACCCGGAGGAAUCCGAUGUAGACAGCUCCGCAGCUCCCAGCCCCAACCCCUACGGAGUUCAGGCGUCUGCAGCCCCUCCUGCCUGGGCACUGGGAACUGCGAACCCGGGUGGGCCCCUCCACGUGCCAGUAGACCCGCCCCUCCUGGGCGCCCCUCUCCGACCCGGGCCUCUGCAGGGAGCCGGCGCGGGCUUACGCCUUCCCAGCGCCCUUUGCCGCCUCUCGGGAGGCCCCGCACGGACCCCAGCCUGGCUGGGCCGUCCCCUCCGGAUGGGCCGGCGGGCGGAGCAGCGCAGAGGGCACCGCCCUCGGCCCGCCCGCCGAGGAGGGGACGCGAGCCGGAGGCUGCGCCAGCGGCGCCCGCCGGGGGCCCGCCGCACUCUGCUCUCGGCCUCCCGAGCUGCGGGGACGGGACGGCUACCUGCGCUGACUCUGCGGGCCGGGAGCCGAGUCCAGGACAGAGCCGGAGCCGCUGAGGGAGGCGAGAGGGCAGUGCGCGGAGAUGGCGGCCGCGGCGGCGGAGGAAGGGAUGGAGCCGCGGGCGCUGCAGUACGAGCAGACCCUGAUGUAUGGCCGGUACACUCAGGACCUUGGGGCCUUUGCCAAAGAGGAAGCUGCUCGGAUUCGCCUGGGAGGGCCUGAACCCUGGAAAGGUCCCCCUUCCCCUCGGGCUGCCCCAGAGCUCUUGGAAUAUGGACGGAGCCGUUGUGCCCAAUGCCGCAUCUGUUCUGUCCGCUGCCACAAGUUCCUAGUAUCCAGGGUUGGUGAAGAUUGGAUCUUCCUGGUCCUGCUGGGGCUCCUCAUGGCAUUGGUCAGCUGGGCCAUGGACUAUGCCAUUGCUGCCUGUCUGCAAGCCCAGCAGUGGAUGUCCCGGGGUUUGAACACUAGCAUCUUACUCCAGUACCUGGCCUGGGUCACCUACCCUGUUGUCCUCAUCACUUUCUCAGCCGGAUUCACACAGAUCCUGGCCCCUCAGGCUGUCGGCUCUGGCAUCCCUGAGAUGAAGACCAUCUUGCGGGGAGUGGUGCUGAAAGAAUACCUCACACUCAAGACCUUUAUAGCUAAGGUCAUUGGGCUGACCUGCGCCCUGGGCAGCGGAAUGCCGCUUGGCAAAGAGGGCCCUUUUGUGCAUAUCGCAAGCAUGUGUGCUGCCCUUCUCAGCAAGUUCCUCUCCCUCUUUGGGGGUAUCUAUGAGAAUGAAUCCCGGAACACAGAGAUGCUGGCUGCCGCCUGUGCCGUGGGGGUGGGCUGCUGCUUUGCGGCACCUAUUGGAGGCGUCCUCUUCAGCAUCGAGGUCACCUCCACCUUCUUCGCGGUACGGAACUACUGGCGGGGCUUCUUCGCUGCCACCUUCAGUGCCUUCAUCUUCCGGGUCUUGGCAGUCUGGAACCGGGAUGAAGAGACUAUUACGGCCCUCUUCAAAACCCGAUUCCGGCUCGACUUCCCCUUUGACCUGCAGGAGCUGCCAGCCUUUGCUGUCAUUGGUAUUGCUAGUGGCUUCGGUGGAGCCCUCUUUGUCUACCUGAACCGGAAGAUUGUCCAGGUGAUGCGGAAGCAGAAAACCAUCAAUCGCUUCCUCAUGAGGAAACGCCUGCUCUUCCCGGCUCUGGUGACGCUGCUCAUCUCCACGCUGACCUUCCCCCCUGGCUUUGGACAGUUCAUGGCUGGACAGCUCUCACAGAAAGAGACGCUGGUCACCCUGUUUGACAAUCGGACGUGGGUCCACCAGGGCCUGGUGGAGGAGCUAGAACCACCCAGCACCUCACAGGCCUGGAACCCACCACGUGCCAACGUCUUCCUCACCCUGGUCAUCUUCAUUCUCAUGAAGUUCUGGAUGUCUGCACUGGCCACCACCAUCCCAGUUCCCUGUGGCGCCUUCAUGCCUGUCUUUGUCAUUGGAGCAGCAUUUGGGCGUCUGGUGGGCGAAAGCAUGGCUGCCUGGUUCCCAGAUGGAAUUCAUACAGACAGCAGCACCUACCGGAUUGUGCCUGGGGGCUACGCUGUGGUUGGGGCGGCUGCGUUGGCAGGAGCGGUGACACACACAGUGUCCACGGCUGUGAUCGUGUUCGAGCUCACAGGCCAGAUUGCCCAUAUCCUGCCUGUCAUGAUCGCCGUCAUCCUGGCUAACGCUGUCGCCCAGAGUCUACAGCCCUCCCUCUAUGACAGCAUCAUCCGAAUCAAGAAACUGCCCUACCUGCCUGAGCUGGGCUGGGGCCGCCACCAGCAGUACCGGGUGCGUGUGGAGGACAUCAUGGUGCGGGAUGUUCCCCAUGUGGCCCUCAGCUGCACCUUCCGGGACCUGCGGUUGGCACUGCACAGGACCAAGGGCCGAAUGCUGGCCCUAGUGGAGUCCCCUGAGUCCAUGAUUCUGCUGGGUUCCAUCGAGCGUUCACAGGUGGUGGCAUUGCUGGGGGCCCAGCUGAGCCCAGCCCGCCGGCGGCAGCACAUGCAGGAGCGCAGAGCCACCCAGACCUCUCCACCAUCUGAUCAGGAGGGUCCCCCUAGCCCUGAGGCUUCUGUCUGCUUCCAGGUGAACACAGAAGACUCAGGCUUCCCGGCAGCCCGGGGGGAGACCCACAAGCCCCUAAAGCCUGCACUCAAGAGGGGGCCCAGUGUCACCAGGAACCUUGGAGAGAGUUCCACAGGAAGCGCGGAGUCGGCAAGCAUUGCCCUCCGGAGCCUCUUCUGUGGCAGUCCACCCCCUGAAGCUGCUUCAGAGAAGUUGGAAUCCUGUGAGAAGCGCAAGCUGAAGCGGGUCCGAAUCUCCCUGGCAAGUGACGCGGACCUGGAAGGCGAGAUGAGCCCUGAAGAGAUUCUGGAGUGGGAGGAGCAACAACUAGAUGAACCUGUCAACUUCAGUGACUGCAAAAUUGAUCCUGCUCCCUUCCAGCUGGUGGAGCGGACCUCUUUGCACAAGACUCACACCAUCUUCUCACUGCUGGGAGUGGACCAUGCUUAUGUCACCAGUAUUGGCAGACUCAUUGGAAUCGUUACUCUAAAGGAGCUCCGGAAGGCUAUCGAGGGCUCUGUCACAGCACAGGGUGUGAAAGUUCGGCCGCCCCUCGCCAGCUUCCGAGACAGUGCCACCAGCAGCAGUGACACGGAGACCACUGAGGUGCAUGCACUCUGGGGGCCCCACUCCCGUCAUGGCCUCCCCCGGGAGGGCAGCCCUUCCGACAGCGAUGACAAAUGCCAAUGAGCCCCUCGUGGGUGGCCUAGGAUGGUGCUAGCCAUGCCUGUCAUCCCAGAAUGUGCAUCUCUCAUUCCUUCUGCCUUGGGAAGGCAGGAGGCAGCUACAGCCGGAGGCUGAACCCCAGCCCCCUCCAGACCUGGGGUGCCAGCUUCUCCCAGUUUAUCCUACCUGGAAUCUGACCCACUGCCCACCUACAGCAACUUUUCCAGGGGCAGGAAGAUCAGCCCUGCCCUGGCAGGGUCACUUGACCCCUGCUCCCCCUUUGAGGGGAAAGGGGUAGAACUAAGAUGGGUUUAUAACUGGAACCUCCAAUGACCAGAUGUAUAUAGAGAUUUACAAAGAUUUUUAUAUUAAUUUAAUAAAACAAAUUCUUAAAUAGAACAAAAUAAACACCUAAUGAGCCACUUA